AUGGGUAGGUCACCAUGCUGUGAAGACAGUGGUGUAAAGAAAGGGCCAUGGACACCAGAAGAAGAUGAGAAACUAAUGGAUUAUAUUAAAAAACAUGGCCGUGGAACGUGGAGAACACUUCCGAAGCAUGCAGGUUUAAACAGGUGCGGGAAAAGCUGCAGGCUAAGGUGGGAAAACUACCUAAGGCCGGAUAUUAAGAGAGGGAAAUUCUCUGAAGAAGAGGAGCGAUUGAUCAUCAACCUUCAUUCAGUUCUUGGAAACAAGUGGGCAAAGAUUGCUUCCCAUCUUCGAGGGAGAACUGAUAACGAGAUCAAGAAUUAUUGGAACACCAACAUAAGAAAGAAGCUUCUCCAGAUGGGUAUUGAUCCAGAAACUCACAAACCAAAAACUACCUUCAAUCACCUUAUGAGUCUUUCCCAGUUUCUUUCCCAGUUGCUUUGCAUGUCAAAUUUUGGCUUGGGCUCUUCAAUGAGUCCUUUGAACAGUCCUCUUAGCUUGCAUGAAGAUAUCACUCAAUUAGCCAAACUACAACUUCUACACAAUAUGUUACAACUUAUGAAAAACACUUCAUUGAUUAACAUGGGUAUCCCUUACCUUUUGCGCAAUCAAAAUCUAAAUCCACUUCCUACAUUAAUCAAAGGGACAAGCAUUGACCAAACUAAAGAGCCAAUCUUGAUAGGUCAAGAAUAUGCAAACCCUACUGGUAACAACCCCGGUCUUUUAUUCUCUCAAGCACAUGGUGAACCUAAUCUGGGGGUUCUUGGUUACAACAAAAGCAGCAUCAACUUACAAGAAAAUCAAGCAGAAAACUUGCUUCCUGCAUUGGUUGCAUCCUGUCCUAGGACAAUUAACUUCAAUCAAAUUGAUAGGAACUUCAACACAGCACAGAUGUCCUCCUCAACCUUUGAGGCUUGGGAGAAGUUCCUUAUUGAUGAUGAUGAUGGAACAAGCGGUUCCUACUGGAAAUAG